AAACAACAAAAACAAACUCGAAAAAUUUUCCGAUUCCUCCGAAUUUGCUUUGCAAUUUGCAACAUUUUUGUAAGAAUUUGUCUGUUUUUACGUUCGCAAAUAGUUAUUUCGAGUCAUAAUUCAUCAUCACUUUCAUCUUUAUUUAACGCCGAACAUGCCAAUUUAAUACAUCACGAUGGUCGUAAGAGUAGAAAACCUGAGUAAAAUCGCCGAAGAAUUGGAACGCCAGGAAAUCAUCAACGCUGGUGCUUUAUCGAAUACCGAAUAUGCUAAACUACUCGCCAUUUACCUUUACAAGAACGAUCUAAUCUCAGCUAAAUUUUUAUGGAAACGGAUCCCUUUAGCUACGAAGAGCGCUUUGACGGAACUCGAGUUCAUUUGGAGAGUCGGUAAAGCGAUGAGAAAACGUGAUUAUCCGGAGGUCUAUACAGCUUUACGUUUUUCAUGGUCUGCAGAAAUAAUGCCCAUUAUGCAAAUGGUCGAAGAGGAAAUCCGCAAAAACACGGUUAUCUUGAUCGGUAAAUCGUAUUCAUCGUUGGCUCUCAGCACGUUGGGCAAAUACGUCGGUUACGAUGUUCAAAAUACGAAAAAUCUCGCCACUCAGCACGGUUGGACUUUCGACGAUACUUAUGUUUUUCCUACUCCUGUAGCCGAAGAAGUACAAGAUAAUCGUGGCGAUUUCAACGCCUUCAAAAAACUAACCGAUUCUAUUUCGUUUUUAGAAAACUAAUUGUUAAGAAUACCAACUAUUGUUCCCUAUUUCUCAGGUUUCGCAUUUUUAAUGAAAUUUGAUGGAAAUUAAGUCAGCGUAUGUAACUGAUGUACUAUAAUUAUUUAUGAGAUUUGUUUAUGUAUAUUUUCUAUUGUACAUUUUGGUAUUAAAAUUUUAUUUUCUCGUA